AUGGGCACUUCACUAAGAGCUUUUAUGGCCAUAAUCGUGGCAUGGUUGGCUAUUUUUCAAGGACUUUUGAUUGCUGUUAAUGCUCAUGAUAAUUUUAACUACAAGGAUGCACUCACCAAAUCCCUUAUCUUUCUGGAGGCACAAAGAUCAGGAAAGCUUCCUCCCAAUAACAGACUAUCCUGGAGAGGAGAUUCUGGUCUUAACGAUGGAAAAGAUGUUCAUGUGGAUCUUGUUGGGGGAUAUUAUGAUGCUGGAGACAAUGUUAAGUAUGGACUCCCCAUGGCUUUCACAAUCACCACUCUGGCAUGGUCUUCUCUCAUCUAUGAAUCCGAGUUAAAAUCAUCUGGAGAAUAUCAAAAUGUUAUUGCUGCGAUCCGUUGGGGCACCGAUUAUUUCCUUAAAGCCAGCUCUAGGAAAAAGCGAUUAUACGUGCAGGUUGGAGACCCGGUGAAGGAUCAUGAAUGUUGGGUGCGACCAGAAAUUAUGAAUACACCAAGAAAUGUGUUAAUGAUUGAUUCAAAUACACCUGGGGCUGAGAUUGCAGCUGAAACUUCUGCUGCGAUGGCUGCUUCUUCCAUUGUCUUUAGGACUGUUGACCGUCACUAUUCCCGUCGUCUCCUCAACAAAGCCAAGCUGUUGUUUGAAUUUGCUAAUUCCCAUAGAAGAACUUACGAUGGAGAAUGCCCCUUCUAUUGCUCUUAUUCUGGCUAUAAUGAUGAGCUGUUAUGGGCUUCAACUUGGUUGUACUUCGCCACCAAGAGGUCUAAGUAUAUUCAGUACAUUAGAGAAAACGCCAUCAGCGCUAGUGUAGCCGAGUUUAGCUGGGAUCUUAAAUAUGCUGGAGCCCAAAUCAUGCUCUCUGAGUUCUUCUUUCAAGGAGACAACACCUUGGAAAACUACAAGAACCAAGCUGACAGUUUUAUUUGUUCAAAUCUUCCUGAAAGCCCUUAUCACCAAGUUUACAUCAGUCCAGGUGGCAUGCUUCACUUGAGGGAUGGAGCCAACACUCAAUAUGUUACAGGUGCAGCUUUACUGUUUAGCGUAUACAGUGAUGCUCUGGAGAGACAUAACAAAAAGGUGAAUUGCGGAGACAAACAAUUCGACUCUAACCAGAUCAUGGCUUUUGCUAAGCAGCAGAUCGAUUACAUACUAGGGAAAAACCCAGAAGGAAGAUCAUACAUGGUUGGAUUUGGCAAGAACCCACCAACACAAGCGCAUCACAGGGGAGCUUCAGUCCCAAAAACGAUAGAAAACUCAAACGUGAGUUGUUCAAUGAGCUUUGUUUAUUGGUACGGUAAAGAUGAGCCAAACCCUAAUGAACUAACAGGAGCCAUUAUUGGAGGACCAGACCGAUCUGAUCGGUUUAUUGACAAACGUUGGGAUUCAUCAAACACUGAGCCAUGCACUUAUGUUAAUUCAGCGGCAGUCGGCGUCUUGGCUAAACUUGCAGCUUCAUCGUAGUCUUUUAACUCUUAAUUAAU